GGUGGAAGAGCAACACCAAGAAGGAUAACAAGAAAUUUCCUCCUAGAUGCAACAUCAGUGGAAAUCCAGCCGUGAAUUAUCUCUUAUCGUUGAGCGAUAAGCAAUACCGAAUAAAAGAAAAAGGAAAUUGUCCACAAAAUCGUACUUGAGAAUAACGCGACUAUUGCGACCAGCAAGUGGUGCCGCCAUUAACCUACGGCGAGAUACACGAAGUUCGUGAAAGCGUUUGACGUCAGUGUACAAGAACGCUGAUAAUCUUGCGACGCAGAUAUCGCUACGCGAAAUAUCAGCGGAUAUCUGUGGUGGUUUACGGGCGAAAUAAAAUCAUAUGAACGUACAUAGUGGUUUAUGGUUUGAUACACAGCCUCGACGAAUAUUAGCAGGCCCGUAAUGGGUGGGGUCGUGGCUUGGGUCGAGUGAGAGACAUGGAGCGACCUCAGUGUUCUCAGUGGUGAGCUGCACGGCCAUCGCCGACCGUCGGUUUCGCCUAGAGCAACCAACCUACUCUGCUAUGACAUCGUUCUGAAAAUCCCAGAUUAUCGCGGUAAAAGGUUCGAUAUCUCGGAGGAGGACUCGCGUGGGGCGUGUGGAGGUUUAAAAAACGAGGGCCAGAAGCGUCGUACGAAGUCGAACGAAAGCGUGCGGCGAGGUUAACCUCAGCCGUUCGACGACGAGUACGAGCCAGGAAAAGAGAAGAUAGAGAAAACCGGUGAAAGAAAGAGAGAGAGGGAAGGAAGUCGAAAAGGCGUGAAAGAGAUAGAAGGAGCAAGGGUGGAAUAAGCUCGAAAGAGACAGAACAAAAGGGGAGGGAAUGAACGGCCCUGGAAGUCAUCAGCAUCGCGGCUUGGGCAUGCAGGGACGUUACAGGGCCGUAGUUAACGGCGGUACCCCGACGGGGCCCCACUCGCGCCCUCCAGCGCCCCCUCACGCCCGUGGUGGAUGGCACCCCCAUAAUCAACACCCUCAACACGCUCAGAUACCACAGCAAUACACCGGCAACAAGGAAUACCCGUAUCGACAAUGUCCACCGCCACGCUUCCAUAACGGGGACUGUCCCGGAGUUGGUACGUCUUCCGGACCAAACGGUAAGGAAGUUUCGUAUCACGGGAACGUAGGCGGAUCCAGCGUGGGGUAUAAACCGCCCCCGCAGCACAGUCCGCAAUCAAGAGGUCCACCGGCACAUUUUCCACAAGAGUCUGUGGGUCCGCCGGCCAAUUCACCGCCAUUGCAUAUCAACAUCUGCGGCCAAGAGAACGCGAUGCGUGGCCCAUUAUUGAACAUGAGUCCAGGUCUCGGAGCUAGCGGCGUCGACAUGGAGUACCGUAGAACUUCUCAAGCCACGAAUCAGCUACCUCUGAGUCCCGUACAAAUACAGCCGUCGCCGCCGUACUACAGGCAGCCUAGUCAAGACGACGGUCGAAAGAGCGAGUCUCCAUCCAGGAAACGUCGGCGAAUAUCUCGGAACGGUGCCGUGUCCGGAAUCGAAGUUCGAGAGACAACGCCACAAUCACCUACGCCACCGUUGCACACAACUCCGCCGCCAUGGGAAUUCUCCUCGGCGCCCCAAAGACGAUCACCUCGCAAUCACAUGUCCACCCGCGGUAGUCCCACCAUACGAAAUCGUUACCAACGAUAUCCCGACUCGUUUGGACUCUCUUACCCCUUCAUACCCGGCCACAAUCCACAUCCCACCAUCCACAAUUCCCACCAUGGGAUUCACGGAUCUCAUCACAGUAUCCACAACUCGCAUCAUAACCUGCAUAGUUCCCACCAUAACAUGCAUAACGCGCAUCAGACGCAUCCCCAUCAUCCACCAGGCACAGGGCACCACCCUGCCCAAGGAGCGAACGGCCCCGUGGUCGUUGACGUUGGACAAGUCGGUGUUUCCGGUUUAGGGGUUGCCGUCAGCGGAGAACCCCUCUGGCAUCCUCAGGCGACAGGUUACAGAAUUCCUUGUCAGCUGCACGGUAUAUACACACCGACUGGAGCACACGCGUUUGCGCACUCGUGUCAGGUUACCCAUCACCAUAGUCACUACUCACCGGCUCAUCCGACCCACCCAGGCCACAGCCUAGUCGGUUCGAUAGUUGGCGCAGCGUCCAGAGGAUACCCAACGCCAACCGGAGGUGCUGUGGCGGCUCUUCAUCAUGCUCACGCACCUCCACCACCCGUCCAUACUGCUCAUUAUACUGCGCAUCAUCAACUCUCACAACAGCGAGAAGUUGAACUAGAGUUAAUAGAAUCCCAUCAUCAUCACCGAGUAGGAGCCACAGCCGGUGCCCCAUUACCAUUGCCGCACUCGUAUUCACCGCCAGCUCUCACUCAAGUCACCACUCCGACUCCUACACCCAUAUUCCUGUCAGAAACGAGAAACAGUCAAUUGGAAAUGAUUCAGACGAGAACUCGGCGUUCAGGACCGAACGUUCACGCGCUCAGACGAUCAAGGUCGAGUAGAUGGAGAGCUACACCUCCGAUACCACCGACGACCUAUCCACAGUUCUUACUACACUUCUUGGCGAUGUUCAGCAACCCACCAUUAUCGCCGUACAGUCAAGCGGAGCUGUCCUCGCCGGAUUCAGCGACCGAGAAUUACGAGGCUCUGCUGUCGUUGGCCGAGAGACUAGGAGAGGCUAAGCCACGAGGAUUGACCCGAGCCGAAGUCGAACAGCUGCCCUCGUACAAAUUUAACGCGGAAACGCACCAGGGAGACCAAACUAACUGUGUCGUGUGCAUGUGCGACUUCGAGGCUCUGCAGUCGUUGCGCGUCCUACCGUGCUCGCACGAAUUCCACUCGAAAUGCAUCGACAAAUGGCUCAAAUCGAACCGAACGUGUCCAAUUUGCCGUGGCGACGCCGGAGAAUAUUUCGGGAACGCCGGUACGGGUAGCGACUGACGCCAAGCUGCUCAAGUGCACUAGCGCCGACUGUCAAGAAUCUCAGGGACGCUACUUCGCACAGAGCUACCAGCGAUCAGGUUGCUGGUUUGUGCAAAUUUCUGUUGACAAGCAUUUCUCUCGCCUUCGCCGAGAACAUGGCGGUUACGUCGCUUGGUUCUCCGACAACGGCACAACCGAAUUGUCGUUAUCCUUCAACCGGAGAGAAUCGUGAAACUGAACAACUACGGUAAAAAAAAAUCGAAAAAAAAAAAAGAAUAAAUUCAGGGUAUGAUCGUGUGUCUCGGUUGUUGAGAACAAAAAGGACCACACGCAAUAAAGGUACACGAUUUUAAAUUAACAGCAUGCAGAACAUUUGUACAUUGACGAAAAAUUAACGUUUCUUGCGUGUUUAUUCCAUUGUUUUUUUCUUCGAGAUUAGAAGAGUCGAACGGAAGAGAGAGAAAGUGUGUGUGCGUGUAUAGAAAUGUUGUAAUAAGCAAUCAACCGGGGUUAUGACAAACGAGAAGAAGAGGAAGACUAAGAAGAGGAUAUUAAAAGCUAUCAAGCAUUUGAACGUCAGGAUAGAAAAUCCGACGGUUGUUUUUUCUUUUUGUUUCAACUAGCGCUUCGAUAAUUACGUAUUUAACGCUCGUUUGUUGUUUUGUGUUGCUAUUUUAGGGUAUAUCGUGUACAUAAGUACUUGUAAUAAUGCAACUAUUGCCACUUUCCAUUAACGUUCCAAUUUUUAUUAUUAUUAUAGUUGUCUUUUUAAUCCUACGAAUUGUAAAUACUUGUGUAAACGCUCCUAUUAUACGAACUCGCGCGAACACGUAUCUGCGCGUGUGGAUACGAACGAUUGUAGGUAAUUUGUUUCUUUUGUUGGGGAGGAAGGGGGCACUUAACCAAAUGUAGUACAUAAAUUCUUUUCCUUCUUUUCUUUUUUUGUAACAAACAAUACGAGACGUGUCACUGUAAGAGAAGAAACACAACCUCCUAAUAAGUAUAAGCUUUUUGUGUCUUUGUAUAGGGUAUUUUGUUAUUGUGAACGGUUUUUUCUAUAGCUGCAGAAAUAAUUAUCGACAGAAAAAAUAAUCAUUUUCCAUAGGAUUUGUUUAACAGUUUCUCUCGCGGUCAACCAUUUUCUUUCGAUUUAAACUAUCGUAGGGAAUAAUAGACUACGAGAAAGUACGAAAACCGUGAGAGAUGGAUUAGAAGAAAAAAAACGUGAAAAAGAAGUCAGUCUAUUCAGCAAUAGUUUACUAUACGCAAAAGCUACUACGUGAAGAAUAAAGAUAAAAAAAAGAAAGAAAAAGAGAGAAUGAUAAGAAUACCGCUUCUGUUUCCUGCGUAUCUACCUCUAAUAGAUGAAAUGAAAACGAUUCAUAUUUUUUUAUACACACAUCUCAUAAACAAUAAACGUACGUACGCUAAGAAAACCAAAAAAAAGAGAGAAAGAGCGCGCGCGCGAGAGAGAGAAAGAGAAAAAAUAGAAGAAAACCGAUGACGAUGGAUUAGGAAAAUCGAGAUAACCGCGAACUUCGAAAUUUUCAAUAUUAAAUGUUAAGAUUCGUCGAAGUGUUUAGAACCUGCAGAGAAUCCAUAUUGAUUUCAACUCUUUCGUAUUUCACGGCUGGACACCACGUGGACAGACACGAUUUUUCCCGAUCUUUCGACCAUCAAGAGAAAAAUCCAAUGGAGUCGUUUUUGGUCUUAGAAAGUGUAGAUUCUCCUUGCGUGUUUAGUUUUAAAUUAUCUUCGAUGACCUAGGAAAAAUUGAACUCGUUAUUUUCUUUAGGGAUGCUAUUCUUUUUCUAAAUUCAAUUUUCAGGGAAGCUUUUCUGUAGAAAUUUAAAAGACCUUCUCGCACAAGGCUUUUCAAGACAUAAAGCUUUCGAAGAGAACUUAAAUACUUUCAUGGAUUUUUCCAUUUGACGCGUUGAAUACCGAACGCCGUUCAAAGUAAUUACCGAUUAUCAAAAAUUAUUUAGUAUAUAAUUUACUUAGACUUUAUUUUUCACUUAAAGACAUAUCAGAAUGCAAUUAUAAUUAGAUUAAGCAUAAAAAAUAAAUGAAACAAAUUAUAUUUAGUUUCGGAAAAAAAUUUAUUUCGUAAUGUUAGAUUUAUUUAAUCGGCGAUCCUCGCGGCGUUCAACGUGUUAACAGUAGACUCUUAUAUUUCCGGGACUCCCAUAAAUCUCGGGGGUGCCAUUAGCGGCAAUAUAACGAGAAUCGACUGUAAUUAGAACGAAAACAUCAUGUCUCUCGCAACGGUGAAAGAUAAAUAUCGAACAUCAAAUGUAAUGGGUUCUUGAACUGUCUCCUUCCAUUUCUUAUCGCGUGCCUUUACUGUACUUGACCGGGUAUCGGGAAACGAUGAGAGUUCAUGGGGAAAAGAGUCGGAGAAAAAGAUAUAAACGAUGAAAAACUGAUAUGACCUGCGAAUCUUGCGUGUUCGUAUUUAAAGGAAACAUUGACUAUCGUACGUUCACGCGAGCAAUCACAGAAGAUUAUGUACAUUUGGAGCACGAAAACAAAACCAGAGUCACGUUUAUCAGACCACCAUUGGCAGAGGAUGUUACUUUAGUUCUUUAGAAAUUCAUUCUUCGCAAGUUUCUAAAUUUCAAAGUUUUUCAAGUUUCUAAAUUUGAAGAUGGUCGUCGUUUGCCAAUGUGGUCGUAGACGAGGCUGCAGCAUUACCACUGUGUCCACCAGCUAGAUCCUUACGAACAGGACCAACGAGCUUUAUUUUACAUAGCAUUCUAAAAAUUGAAUGUAAUUCAGAUACUUCUCGGUCGAUACUUGAAACGAUACUCUACGUAGAACAUCUUCAUCAUAGAAGACUUCUCUCCUGUACGCAUAUACAUCUGUUUCAUCUAGAAGCACUCGAAUAUUUCUCUAUUUGUCCUCAUAAGUGGUCACACAAAAAUUUGUUAAUAGAAUGGCACAUUUUUUUACGUCGAUUUUCGGAAGAAUCAAUGUAAUGAAAAAUAUACCAUCUUUAACAUGAUCGCAAAACUUUUCAAGAUUGAGUUAAUGUCUUGAUUUUGUCGAGAUGUUUGAGGGUUUCUAAAUUGAACGGUGUAUAAUACAAACAGUUCUAAGUUCUACUUAGAGUGUCUCGAAUCCAGUAAGUUUCUAGCAGAGCGUUAUAUUCGUAAGUGAAACGUCCGUGCAACCGUAUAUACGUAAAACAUGUACUUUUUAGUAGUUUUGUACGGGUCUAUGCGUUUAUGAUCGGUGACUGUCGAAACUUUAUUGUUUGAUCGAGACUAAUUGACAAAGUCUUACAAGAAGCGUUGUGACUACAGAAACAUCCGCCAUUUUCAUGUCCUGGAUCACGCUGAAGUUCCUGAAACAUCCUGUACAUCUCUCCGCUCUCAAAGUAUAUAAAAAGUGAACAUUAACUUUGGUCAAAAUGUAUCGAUCAAAUAAUAAAGCGAGAACAACGCGAGCAAGCACAAAUCAAAAGUUGAUUUUCGUUGUUUUUUCGUUUCGAUCAUCGAACGUGAAACAAUAUAUCAAAAGCUCGUGUAUGUGUGGGUGUACAUGUGUGUGCGUGUGUAUAAGUGCGUUGGUUUUUCUUAGAUGCGUUUUAACAGGAACACAUAUCACUUAAUCUCCAUCGUAAUCCACGCGUCUCGCACGCUCGCCCUUUUUGUCGCGUUUAGACCCGGCCAGAGAAAGGAUAAAAGGGAAGGCUCAUUUUUUUACUAGCUUAAGUCCGCGGAGGAGAGAAAGAGACACGGAAUGUGUGAGUACGUAUGAAUUUGUCAAAAGGGACGAGCGUUCGAUCGGAAGGAGCUAAACGCCGAAGAAGAUCCACAUCUCGUACACCGGUGUCCAGUGAACUUACACGAUCGCGGAGCUUUCGACAAUUCUAGAUUGCUUCUUUCGUUGUAUAAAAUAAUCGUCAUCGUAGUUUCAAUCUUCCGUAGUCGCGAAUUUGGAAUCUCUUUCUCUUCCACGUUUCUGUGAUAAAUAUAAGAUUGUCUUUGAACAAGCAAUUUCAUUGAUCCUUUGCAGUUUAGGUUGAUAGGACACCCUUUCGACAAAAUAAUCUUUAAAAUUCUUUUCAUAUAAAAUGGCUGACCAGUUCACUCUUAUUCUAAAGUUGACACUAUUCUCCACAAGCGAAGCACACAGUAAAAAAAUGUCAGGUAUCUUUCUUUGUAAAAAUCGAUGUUUUAGGCUGCAAAGGAUUAACACGCUUAAAAGGAUUAAUCGUAGAAACACGAUUUUCCCACCAGCUAAGAAUUUUUUCCUCCGACGGAGACUGUCGAUUUUCGGCUAGAGGUAACUUUUGACCCCCCGUCCAACGCUCCGUCCCUUGAUACGCUUAGAUUAAGCUAGGCAUAAUGUAUCCCUUAAAACGCGUACCUUAAGCACACCCUGAAGCCUAGUGUACCAGUCGCAGCAGAUAAAAGAUCGGUGCCUGGAACGUCCCAGGUACGAAAUCAAAAUUUAACGCGUUCGUGAACUAUGUAGACAUUUGAUUACGUUAGAUGUGUGCUAAAAUUUGUCUGAUUUGAUGAAAUGGUCAUUAACGCGUUAACCGCCUAACAUGAAAACACGAAACACUUCCUGGUUCGAAAAGAUACGCCUGAUACGUUCGAGGUACCGAUGCAAACCAAGUACCAAAAGAUUAAAUUGUUCCGAUGUGUAUGAGGUUGUAGCCGUAAAGAUAAUUUGUACAUAAUGGAAAAGAGAAAAUAGUGUACAACACGAACGAAAAAGGGAAGAAAGGAAACAGAGCCAUACGCGUUAUUUUAAUGAGCCGCGAAGCGGAACAGACGACAGAAAAGAAAAAAGUGGGUUUGAUUCUCGAUUACUUUAGAGAGAAGGUGGUUGCCCCCGUGGUUCUGAUGCCGGCUGCGCGUUAAACUGAUUGAAGAGCUUUUUAAAAAGAAACCUUUAUGAUAAAACAGUAAUAUUUGGCUUAUUUCUUAAUUGUACCAUCUCUUUAAAACGUAGACCCUUUUGAGCCACCGUUGCUCGCAAAAAUCAGUUUCCCACGCAGCUGGCGAAUCAAAGGACAGAAAAUUAUAUCCAGUGAGCGGAAAUGUCGUUUCCGGCAAAUUGGAGGGGGUUAGCGGAUGAACAGCAAUAAAUCAAACAUUGAGUCCACGUGAAUAGAGUAUAUCGAAGUUUUCGCGCGUUUCAACGUGUACAAUAGUAUAUUAAUUUUGUUGCAAACUUUUGCUAUACGUUUCUCGAUUAUCGUGGCAACCACGAACAGGCACAGCCGUAUUGCUUCACCGCUGAUAGUACAAGCAUGCCAUUAGUUUAUAAUUCGUUGUUCGUUUGACGAGAAAACGCAACAGUAUUUUCUCUAGCGAGUGGUGCUUUCUGAUUGUGCGUUUUGUUUUCGACCGCGCUACGUUUGGCACCGGGGAAAACUUUCCAGACGAGCUGCCAUAUUGGAACAUUUGAAGUUAGGAGGUCUCGGGUGAUUUCGGGGUGUACAGUCAGGUGCAACGUAGGCUCCUCUGUUCGAUGUAGAAGAAGAAACGAUCUUGGGAAAAUCGAUAGAAAGGGCAAGGCAUGAAAUCUAGAGGGAGGGGCCUCACCUAGAAGUAAGGCCUAACCCAAAAAGGGGAUCGAAGGGCUAGGGGAGGCCUAGGAAGAAUCCUUCGUCUACGCUUCCUCGAGAGAAACCUAAAUUGCGCCCGACCAUGACACCUUCAAAAUUUCACUCGAUUACACCCUGUAUUUUCUCACGUUUCUGCAAGUUUUUCAUCAAAAAAUUUCGAUCACUUUUAUCUAAAUCGGUCUUCCUAAUGAACUACCCAAUCGUUGUCGAUAUGCACCUUAGUUAUGCAAUUGAUACAGGGUGUAUAAAAAAUGCCACGAUACAUUAGUGCACGCAACAAUAUGUCGACCUCCUCACCUCCGUACUGUUUCUUUUUCCUUUUGCUGUUAAUGAAAUAUGUAACGUUAGAGGUGGCCGACGCUCUCCUCGGUAGCCAAUGUUCAAUAACGUUUUUUAUAUUCUAUUGUAGUAGAAUUAAUGUCGCUGCUACUGCUGCUACUGAUACCACUAUUUUCGUUAAUAUACCGGAAGUGCGUUAAAUGUUUUUUAUACAAGCUCGAUUUAACGUUUUUUAGUUAUAUUACGAUAUUUAAUUUGUUCGUUAGUUAUUGUUGUUAUUAUUAUUAUUAUUAUUAUUAUUGUAUCAUUACCAUUAUUAUUACGUUAUUAUUAACUUACGAUGAUAUUGGUUCAUUAAGUUUAUCGAUAAAAUAGAUUGUAAAACGCUCUAAUAUGGGGAAUACGUUGUUAACAACCAAAACCUAGAUGAAUUUUCUGUAUACAGUGGAAACGUUUCGGUCAACGAGAAAUAACGUCGAAGCGUUUUCAUGAAAGCGAACCAUUUGUACAGACGCGGAGAUAACGAUGCCAAACAUUAUAUAUUAUUAAUACUGACACUAUUGCUACUAC